GUUCUUUAGAUCAAACUUGAACAAGAUUUCUACUACAUAAUUUAACUAUGUCACCUUUGCUUUCCCUCUUUCUUUUCUCACUCUUUGCUUUCGUUGCUCAAGCUCAAGUUCCCGCAAAUCAAACCUUCAAGUUUGUCAAUGAAGGUGAAUUUGGGCCUUACAUUGUAGAAUACGAUGGAAACUAUCGUAUGCUCAGUGUGUUUAGCUCCCCCUUCCAACUUGCCUUCUACAACACCACCCCAAAUGCCUUUACUCUUGCUCUUCGAAUGGGUUUGACUCGUUCGGAGUCACUCUUCCGUUGGGUUUGGGAGGCCAAUCGAGGAAACCCAGUUGGCGAAAAUGCCACCCUCGCAUUUGGAGAAGAUGGCAACCUUGUACUGGCGGAUGCCGAUGGUCGAGUGGCUUGGCAAACCAAGACUGCCAACAAAGGUGUGGUAGGCUUCAAGUUGCUUCCAACAGGCAACAUGGUACUUUAUGACUCCAAGGGCAACUUUGUUUGGCAAAGCUUUGACCACCCUACCGACACGUUGUUGGUGGGACAAUCUCUAAGGCCAGGAACAAUAAACAAGCUGGUGAGUCGGGUCUCCGAGACAGAAAACAAAGAUGGGCCGUACAGCUUGGUGAUGGAGCCUAAGGGAAUCUUUUUGUACUAUAAGAGCAACAACUCUCCCAAAUCAAUACUCUAUUCUCAGUUGUUUACCAUUGAGAAAGGCUCACUUGAUCAUGUCACAUUGAAUGUUGCACCGGACACAGAUGAGGGUUAUGCUUAUGACAUAAGCUUGGAAUAUCAAGUGGCCAACUCUUCCUCUGGUGGAAAUGCCAUUCUAGCUAGACCCAAAUACAAUAGUACACUGACAUUCCUUAGGCUUGGAAUUGAUGGAAAUGUCAAGCUGUACACUUACUAUGACAAGGUGGAUUGGCGUGCAUGGGAGGUGACCUUCACUCUUUUCGACAGAGAUAAUUCGAUAUGGGAAACCGAGUGCCAAUUGCCAGAGCGGUGUGGAAACUUCGGUCUCUGUGAGGACAGCCAAUGUGUUGCUUGCCCAUCCUCUAAGGGACUAUUCGGCUGGAGCAAGGCUUGUGAGCCUGAAAAGCUAACUUCUUGUGCAGCAAAUAGCUUCCACUACUACAAAGUUGAAGGGGUUGAUCACUUCAUGAGCAAGUACACCCCGGGAACUGCUAUAAAGGAGACCGAUUGUGGUAAGAAGUGUACUUCGGAUUGCAAGUGUUUGGGCUACUUUUACAACAAAGAUACGUCAAGGUGUUGGAUUGCUUAUGAUUUAAAAACCUUGACCAAGGUUGCCAAUUCUACUCACGUGGCAUACAUUAAGACACCUAAUCAGUAAUCACUAGUUUAAUAUGGGGUGCAUUAUCACUUGAAUUUAUUUAUUGUGAUUUGAACUUAAAAAUGUUAUUGCAUCCAUAAAUAAUUGUUAUGAUUCUCCAGGUGCAUGGAGAACAAUAUAUACAUAACAGGGAACAACGAAUAUAUCUUUAUGUUCACGAUUUGGUUAUAAGUAUAUAAUAUAAUUAUCAAUGUUUCCGGUGUUUAA